AUGACAUGGCCACCUUUGUUAAAUAAGCGUGAAAUCCAAGACAUGGUUCAUGGUCCAAUUUCUCUCUUCCAUCCAUUGGACAGACUUGUCGACACGAGAGAAUUCCAAAGACUAAGAGAUAUUAAACAGCUUGGUGUCACCUACAUGGUCUAUCCGUGUUGCACCCACACCCGAUUCGUACAUAGCUUAGGGACCUAUUGGCUAGCUUUCAAAUUUGUGGAAAUUCUGAAACGGGAUCCUUCUCUAAACAUUACGAGUCAGGAUCAUCUCUGUGUUUCGAUGGCAGCCCUUUGUCAUGACCUGGGACACGGUCCUUUUUCACACUUGUUCGAUUCUGCACUACAUGAGUCUUCUAUGGCUGCGCAUGAAUCGUUGUCCAUCGCUCUACUACGACGUCUAAUUGACCGAACGGAAAUCCGAGAGGCACUGGAGGAUUACCUUGGAACUGGUGAAGAAUUCCAAAAGAACAUAACCUUCAUUGAAGAGUUGAUAUUGUCAGAAAAGUUUGAUUUGCACGGUUCCUGGCUGCCAAAAGGUCGCCCGUUAGAGAAAUCAUUUCUUUUCGACAUCGUAGCUAACGACAACGAUUCAAUCGACGUUGACAAAUUCGACUAUCUUAUCAGGGACUCGAUCUGUGCCGGAGUUCCCAUCCCAUUUAAUAAGGUGGGGAAAACUAUUACACCUACAUGUUGUGGUAAUUAA